CUUCAUCAAGAAGCAAAAAUGGCUUUAGCCGCCACAUUUUCUUUAUAUAUUAGUCACUUGGCAAUUUGUUAUCUACUGCAGUGCCUGAGACAGAGACACUGAGAGACUUUGUGUUUGAUAGAAAGCAAAGAGCUUGGGAAAAAGAAUGUCAGGGCCUCAGUGCUGCUCAAACCCUCCAGUACUCGAUCCAAGCUGUGGAGCAGGCCAUGUUCAGAAACUUGCUGGCCUUGAUACCUAUGUCACUGGCUCACCUGAUUCUAAGCUUGCCAUUCUUCUUGCUUCUGACGUUUUUGGAUAUGAAGCACCAAACUUGAGGUAUCUGGCAGACAAGGCUGCAGCUGCUGGAUUCUUCGUGGUGGUUCCCGAUUUCUGGCACGGAGAUCGCUAUGUGCCUAAAAAUGCUGAGAAGCCUCAAGACGGCCUUGAUGUUUGGGUAAACAAACAUGGAACGGAUAAGGCAGCCGUGGAAGCAAGAUCACUAAUUGAGACAUUGAAAAGCAAAGGUGUUACUUCAGUUGGGGCUGCAGGCUGCUGUGUGGGCGCUAAGAUUGUUGUUGAACUUGCGAAAACUGACAUUAUCCAAGCUGCUGUGCUGCUACAUCCUACAUUUGUCACAGUGGAAGACAUCAAUGAGGUUAAAGGUCCGAUUACGAUUCUUGGAGCUGAGAUUGACGAGAUUUCUCCACCAGCACUCAUUAAACAAUUUGAGGCUGUCUUAGCAGGAAAAUCUGGGGUGGAGUUCUUUGUGAAGGUAUUUCCGAAAGUUGCUCAUGGAUGGACCCUAAGAUAUGAUACUGGAGAUGAAGAGGCUGUCAAGAAUGCAGAGGCGGCUCAUCAGAUCGUGUUGGAAUGGUUUUCUAAGCAUGUUAAGUGAAGGUGUUCAACAUAGUACUCCAUCAAUGUUGCCUAAGAUGGGAACACCAUGAAACUCUAUCAAAACUCCUUUAUAUUUGUAAACGGUUUGAAUUGAAUAAAUCCCGUGCGAUGCAUGGUAUCUGUAAUUGCAAUAAAUGAUUUUUGAGAUAUAUGUAAUUGUAAUAAAUAAUUUUAAAAAAUAAUAUAAUAAAAAUUGAAAUUGAGUAAGAAA